AUGAAUCAAAAUAACCAACUACCUCCGUUUAACGCUAUUUAUCCGAACUCCAAUAAUUACAACAUCUUUACUGUCUCGCCGCAACAGAAUCUUACAUCUGCAAACACUCUUAACAUGACUUCUGCGGAUACCGUUCAUCCUAAAACGCAAACUUAUCAACUUACCAAUAUACUUUUCCAUCCUACCACCUUUUUUUAUCGACCACCGAAUGAUUUAUGUCGUUAUUACGUUAAUUGUAAGGAGAUCUGUCUCGAUACCGUUGAAUAUUUAAUAAAUAAACAUAUAAAAGAAAAUAACAUUCAAUCUAACGAAAAUGAAUGUAUUUUCUACUAUCGGCAACAACAUGACGCCAGAUUUUAUCAGGUAUCAUGCGAAAUCGUUUCCCAACUUUUAAUUGAUAAUUGUUUAAACAAAAAUUUUCUUGGAUUUGAACUUCAAAAUUCGGAACAACAAGAGCAUUUAGUAUUUACUAUUAAUCAAAAAGAGAAUCUCGAAUAUUAUUUAAGGCAAUACUUAAGCUUUCAAUUACUUAACUAG